AUGUUGCGCCGAGCUAUUCUGCGCGCUCGCCUGCAUUUACCCGCACCCAUUGGUCACGACAAUGGAGGUAAUGGUUCGUCUAGUGAUGAGGAAGAUUAUUCUGUUAGUCCUAGUGUUGCAUACACCAGUUUACGUGAUGACAACUCAGUCCAUGACUAUUUUUGUAAGCGCCCGGAGGAUGUUUCUAGUGUCCAUUUGAUUCUUGCAGAAGAAACAGCAAAGACAAGGAAAGGACACGUGUCAGAACUAUUGCUGGAUGAAGAGCGCAGUGCUGCAGCUGCUUGGUCGCGAUUGCGGACGCUCUACGGUCUAUUUCGACAACUUGAAGCCGCGACGGAUGACGUCGUAGAAGACAGCGACUGUGACAGUGUUGAAGUUGAAGGAAAGAGAUGUUAUUACGUGAAAAAGACUCGACGACACUGUAGACGUGAUGACGGAUUGCGGUCACUGUUACAGGAGGCGAGAAUGCCUUGUGGUGUAUUAUUACGGGACUUGCAGACAUUGUCGAUGGCAGACGGUAGUGAUGACAAUACGAUGCCUCAAGGGUUUACAGCCGGUAUGUUUGCAGCACUGGGAAAUGCAAUGUACAAUGAAAUGAUUGUAGCAAUGGAACAAAAGCGUAUUAGUCCCGACACAUUUGAGGAACUUGGUAACUGUCUAUAUGCUGAAGCAAUGAGUAAUGUCUUGUCCGCGACUGCGUAG